AUUCAGUUGGCUCUUCGUAGUGUUUUCGGUUGGUUGUGUUACAGUGUAGUUGCUUUAAGUGCUGUGAGUGCGAUAGGAAAAUAAAAUUUGCCGAAAAUUAUUAAAAGACCGGCAUAAAAAAUAGGAGUGUCUAACUAAAAUUUCCCACUAACUUGACCAAGAGAGCAACGCUUAAUUGCAGACCUGUGCAUACUCCGGCAAAUAAACAUGUCCAGUCCACCACCAACAACAUUUAACAGCAAUGGAGAAUCCCAAUCUUAUGCGCCAGAUGCAACAACAACCCACGCCGCACAGACAAACGAAAAUGCAUCGGCGUUUACACUGUCCAAUGAUGAGCUCUUCAUGAAAAUGCGACUCGAUUCGAUAACAUCGAUCGAUAAACCGGACUCGCCGCAAGCAGCACAACCAGCCAAUAACGGGGGAGCGCCGAUGAAACGUAACAUAAGCGAAGGCAAUCUGCCGGUAACCGAGACAAAAGAGGCGCGCGUGCGCGUAAUCUACACGGGCGGCACUAUAGGCAUGGUGCGUAAUGAGAAUAACGUUUUAGCGCCGAUACCCAAUGCCUUGGUGAAGACCCUACGCAGAUACCCAAAUAUACACGAUGAAAUUUAUGCGCAGAAACGUUUUGGAUCUGCCGCGUCAAUGGGACCGCUUGUAUUGCCAUUUGUACAGGGCGAGAGUCGUCGCAUUAUCUAUCAAGUGACUGAAUACCAUGCACUUUUGGACUCCAGCAAUAUGACAAUGAAUGACUGGGCGCGCGUUGCCAAGGAUAUACAUCAAUCCUAUGAGUUCUUCGACGGUUUUGUCGUACUGCACGGCACGGAUACGCUCUGUUACACUGCCUCGGCGUUGUCGUUUAUGUUGGAGAAUCUUGGUAAAACAGUCAUUAUUACCGGCUCACAGAUACCGAUUUUUGAAACGCGCACCGAUGGCAAGGAUAACUUCACCUCCGCACUAAUUAUCGCCGGCAACUAUGUGAUACCGGAAGUGUGCGUCUUUUUCGGUCACAAGCUGAUGCGUGGUAAUCGCACUGUGAAAAUCAGUGCUGAUCGUUUGGAGGCAUUCGAUACCCUAAAUGUUCCGCCCCUGGGCAUUACUGGCAUAAAUGUGGAGAUAGAUUAUCGUUUAAUAUUCCGGCCAUGCGGUGUCUCGCGUUUUGUGGUGCAAACAAAUUUAGAUGAGAAUGUGGGCAUAUUACGUAUAUUCCCAAGUAUUUCAAUAUCAUCAAUACGAGCCUUCCUAGCGCCGCCCAUGAAAGGUAUUGUUCUGCAAUCGUUUGGCGCCGGAAAUGUGCCUUCGAAUCGCAAAGAUUUACUAGAAGAACUAAAGGCGGCUUGCGAUCGCGGCUUAAUCAUUGUAAAUUGUACUCAGUGUGCGAGUGGUAGUGUGGCAAAGGUGUAUGAAACAGGUAGAGUUUUAUUUGAAAUUGGUGUAUUGUCUGGUUUUGAUAUGACGCCGGAAGCUGCACUCACAAAGCUCUCAUACGUGUUGGGCAAACCGGGUUUGUCAUUGGAGCAGAGGAAGGAGCUCAUGCAAACCAAUCUGCGCGGCGAAAUGACCUCAACAACUGGCGCCAAAAUGGAGGAAUUCGAUUUGGUGGAUGCCGUUGCGCGCUCGAUGCAUUUAUCUACACCAGAGGAGUUGGGCCAAAUGUGUGCCACGCUUUUUCCGGCAAUGCUGAAUACAGCCGUAAAAGAUGGCGAUAUAAAUAAGAUCAUUAACCUCAAAGCCUACGGCGCUGAUCUUUCCUGCACAAAUCACGAUCAUCGCACUGCACUACAUUUGGCUUGCAAUCAGGGCAAUCUUUCCGUGGUCAAUCAUUUGCUCAUGAAUGGCGUUUCUGUGCACAUACGCGAUCACUACGAUCGUACGCCAUUACUAGAGGCAAUCGCUGGUGAUCAUCAUGAAAUUAUACAACUACUUAUCAAUUGUGGUGCCCAUCUGACCGGUUCCUCACGUGUCAUUGGUGAACAAUUGUGCGCUGCUGCUGCGAGAGGCUCACUAUUGCGCCUGAAGUCAUAUAAAGUGGCUGGUGCAGAUCUAGCGCAACCGGAUCCUUCUGGACGUACGGCUUUGCACUUAGCCGCGCUGCACGGUCACUCCAGCUUGGUCCGUUACCUCUUGGAUAUCGUUGAUAAUCCAAGUGUUAAGGAUAUGUUGGAACUUACACCGUUGGAUUACGCAGAGAAAGGUGGAUCACAGGAAAUAAUUCAAUUACUGCGCGACGAAAGGGUGUAGCGUAGCAUCAGCUGCACUAAAGCAAAAACAUUUCAAGUUAUUUGCUUAUAACAAAAAAUGUACUGUAAAUUAAACAAGCUAACUGUGCUGUAGGUAUGCAUUAAGAACAUGGCUGCUUCCAAGGAACAAAGAAGUGGUUUCCAUAUUCGUACGCCGUAAGAACUUCGAG